AUGGCAGCAGCUUAUGCAGCUCUAGUUUCGUUGUUGAAUACCAUGGAUCAGAUCCAGAUUCAUCCUCGCCUUUCCACUUAUUUUGACAACUACCAAUUCCAAUCUCUCCGCGAAAAGGUCGAUUUCGUUCUAGAUUUUGUGGAGAACUAUUCCGAUGCUGUGAUCCCCGAAAAGACUGGCUUCCUCGAAGAUCUCAUGGUGAAUGGCGAAGCAACAGAAGCAGAAGAUCUGAUGAGGCGAAUCGCAGCUGCAGCUCAUGAAGCUGAAGAUGCAAUCGAAGUCGAAGCAGCAGAUCGAAUCCAUGCUGCUGCAUCCACUCAACAAAGCCCCUCAUUCUUCCACAAGGUUAUACAAGACAUGGAUUAUAUCAUGGAAAAGGUUGUCAAGAUUAAAGAGGAAACUGGAUUCAUAAAGUCCUUGCCAUCUCCAUCUCCAUCUUUGUCUCCACCGCCGCCUCUUGCAACUGCCAGCAUCGUGGGAUUCGACAGCUACCUCAAGCGGCUCUGGGAUCAGCUCACCGGACAUCAUGCUGGCCGGAUAAUAAUCCCGAUCGUUGGGAUGGGCGGAAUUGGCAAGACCACUCUUGCAAGAAAGGUAUAUGAAAGUUCACACAUCCUACAGAAUUUCAACGUUCAUGCUUGGGUUACUGUGUCUCAUGAAUUCAGUGCAAGAAAAUUCUUUCUACAAGCACUUUCUUGCCUAGGAGUAUCCAGUGAUGACAGGGAUACAACCAGUGAUCAGCAGCUAAGUCUUGAGUUGCACAAGAUCUUAUUCAAUAGGAGAUAUUUGAUCAUCUUGGAUGAUGUGUGGAGUGUUGAUGAUUGGGAUAGGAUCAAGUCUUUCUUCCCAGAAAAUAAGAACAAAAGCAGAAUUGUGAUAACCACUAGGGAAUCAAAACUGAUUGAUUUCUUAGGCUUUCCUCCACUUUCUCUGGAUUUUCUUGAUGAUAAAAACAGCUGGGACCUUUUCUGUGCAAAGGCAUUUGCACAACAAGGCUGCCCUUCUGAAUUGGAGGAAGUUGGGAUGAAAAUCGUCGAGAAAUGCAAAGGACUUCCACUGGCAAUCGUGGUGAUUGGGGGGCUUCUUCGAGAAUCACCCAAGUCACAAGAAUACUGGGAAAAGAUUUCUAAAGAGAAGCACUUGGUUCUUGAUUCAGUAGACGGCUACAAACCAUUGAACAUUCUAUACUUGAGCUAUAAGUACUUGCCACUUUGCUUGAAACUGUGUCUUCUUUACCUGGGAAUAUGUGCAGACUACGGCGUUGAAAUGACUGAACUCAUCAAACUUUGGGUGGCCGAGGGUUUCAUAAAGCCGAAUAAAACCCAAAGUCUGGAAGAAGUUGCAGAGGGCUACAUAGACGACCUUGUCCACCGAAAUCUCCUCUUCCGCUCUCCUCUCAUAGUAUACCGGAAAACGUUGAUAAAAGAAGCGCAAUGUUGUACACCAGAGAAACAGUAUCACAUCACCGUCCAAUCAUAUCCCGUGAAAGAUGGGCAGCAGGGCGGCUAA